UACCUAUUGGUCUCUUUUAGAAAAGAACAAGACGGGAAUUUUUUCACCUCUGCAUUUUUAUACCUCAUGGGAAAUAAGCCCAGCUCCUCCAGCCAGUCGACUGAACUGCUAGCUACAUUCACCAGUGAUGAACAAGCUCAGAUUAAACAACAAUAUGCAAAAGCAGUGGGGCAUUCCAGUUCGCCCGACAAACAUUCCAAAACAGCAUCGUUGCCUCGGGCAACAUUUGAACACGUCCUAUGUCCGCAUGUUGACGAGGUCCUGCGAAAUGCUAUUGCAGCUCACUUAGUGGAAAUGUCAAACGCAAAUAAUGACGUUAUAACGCAAGAAGGUUUUAUUCGAGGGGCAUAUUCUUUGGCGCGGGAAAAUAAGGCAGAAUCAAUAUAUUCCCUAUAUACCAAGGUAUCGCCCUCCUUACAGCAGUUUGUCACCCAUGUCAUUAAUAGCGCGCUGCCAUUCUGGUGGCAAGGAUCGACGCUAUCGAUGGAGAAAUGGGAUUCCAAUGAAAAUCGUCGCGCCUGCAAACAGCUUGCAGAUUAUUUGGUUUUUAGUAAACCUCCAGCACAACGGAAUACAUUGACCGAAGAUGACCUUUUUUCCACGGGCAACGCCGAAGUUAACACGUCCUGGAACGCUGAGACAACAGACAAUGUAUCGGCUGACACAUUUCAAGCAUGGCUGGCUGGCAACAUGGAAUUCAGCCUUCUUAUCGAUAUUUUGAUUUGUUCUAUCUUCUGGCCUGAAUCAGCCGACCGCGACAAAGCGCGCACGCAACAUCAUCUUGCACCAGCCAUGGAUAAGCCCAAGUUACCCAACACCGACUCAUUCUCGAAUCUUUUGGAUCCAUAUAUGUACUAUUUAUUGACGCUCCAUAUGCCUGCCGAUUGUCUAGCGGGCCCCCAUCCUAGCAAAGCGAUUCCCCACAGUCUUCUAUUUUCUUCUAAAGUAGACGGCAAGAGCUGGCAGAAUUUUGCUAGCAACAUUGUGAAUCGCGGCGCACUCGUGAUUGUCAUCAAGACGUCAGACGGGGCAGUUUUCGGUGGCUAUACUGACGAGCCUUUACAACUUUUGACACGAUGGACAGGCAACCGCAAUAACUUUUUGUUUCGACAGAGCCCAAUGGGGCUGUGGGAUGCAACCAAUGGCACCAAUGAUCAUUAUCAGUACCUGUGCUGGGGAAAGAAGAGUCUACCCAACGGUUUUGGAAUGGGAGGCCAAUUUGAUUAUUGCGGUUUGUGGAUAGGGGCCGACUUUUCGCACGGACACUCCAAGGCUGGCCCGUUGUGCACCACCUACAUGAGCCCCCGUUUAUCUUCCCAGGAAGACUUCACCAUUGAUCAAGUCGAAGCUUGGUUGGUUAGACCUAUCCCCAUCGAUGAGAAUAACCCCGACGCAAGGUCACAAGGCUCGGUCUUGAAUCACGCCGAAGAGAUGGCAUUUCUAGAAAUGGCAGGCCGAAAAAUGUACUCCAAAGACGUACGAGAAGCUGACCAGAAACAGGAUACUGAAGCCAGUUAAACCUGGCUGGAGCAGCGUCAGAAAGACGACCUUUGGCCGUUCCUAUGUAGCCAUAGAAAAAACCUACCAAAAUGAAAACAAUAUAGCUAGCAGUCCCUUCUAGCCUAGCUGGCUGCCCCCAAGUAUUCAUAUCGCUGGAAAGUCAUAAAUUGGGAGUGUUGGUCCAUCGCGCGGGCACCGCGGUACCAAACCAGUGUGAUCUGCUUGGUUUGGCGGUGUUUACUGGGCGUCUGGUCAGAACACACACUCUGCACUACAUAUCUCACUAAGAUUUAUAUGGAGGAGCACUUAUCUACUCAACAUGUUAUGUUUUAUUUUUCAAUGCAACCGUAUUGACUCUUCAUGCCUACGUAUUUUGCUGGCAUUUGUAUAAGAGCAUGGCUAGUGUGUCGGCGGAGUAGCCAAAAGUUUAUUCAAACGUAAAAUGAAAAAG